CUGAGCAUGCGCUCUGUAGUACACACGGGGUGGUUGUUCGGUCUGUUUCGGGAUUGCCCGGACAUUUUCGCCUCUUUGUUUUACUGAAAGUGGAUUUAACUCGGAUUCAACCCAAUAUCCAACGAACUGCUCAGCUUGCGAACAGCCGCAUGCCGACGGCCCCGCCCAUGAUGCAGAGCUAACGGCCCACACGCCGCUGAGAAGAGACGUGGGAGCCGGUUCCUCCGCGGGAAACACAUGGCGGCGCUCGGAAACCCUGAAAUGCUGACCCGGAAGAUAAAGCUGUGGGACAUCAACGCCCACAUCACCUGCCGCCUGUGCGAGGGCUACCUGAUCGACGCCACCACCGUCACCGAGUGCCUGCACACCUUUUGUAGGAGCUGUCUGGUGAAGUACCUGGAAGAGAACAACACUUGUCCCACCUGCAGGAUAGUCAUCCACCAGAGCCAUCCACUGCAGUACAUCGGCCAUGACAGGACAAUGCAAGAUAUUGUGUACAAAUUGGUGCCGGGGCUCCAGGAAGAGGAAAUGAAAAAGCAGAGGGACUUCUACCAGAAGCUCGGGAUGGAGGUGCCGGGUGACGUCAAAGGAGAGCCGUGCAACGUGAAGCCUCACCUGGAUCCUCAGCGGAACGGCGAGGUGAAGACUGAGGACACAACCAGCAAGGAAACGGCCGAGGAGAAGCAGGAGGAGGAAAACGACUACCACCGCAGCGACGAGCAGGUCAGUAUCUGUUUGGAGUGCAACAGCAGUAAACUGAGGGGUCUGAAGAGGAAGUGGAUUCGGUGCUCAGCACAGGCGACCGUCCUGCACCUCAAGAAGUUCAUCGCCAAAAAGCUCAACCUUACGUCCUUUAACGAGCUGGACAUUUUAUGCAAUGAAGAAAUCUUGGGCAAGGAUCACACAUUGAAAUUUGUAGUUGUGACAAGAUGGAGAUUUAAGAAAUCCCCCCUUCUUUUGCAUUAUCGACCCAAAAUGGAUUUGCUGUAAUGGGACAAAUUUGGUUGAACUGGCCUCCCUGGCCUCAUUACCCUGGACCCCUUCUAUUUAUGCACAGAUGAUCAUCCCAGCAAAGACACACACACACACACACACACAAGCGCAAACGCACUCACACACCCUCACACACACAUGGACUAGUACUCUUUCUCUCUCUCUCUUUCUCUCCCUCUCUCUCUCUCUCUCUCUCUCACACACACACACACACACACACACACACACACACAAGCACACAUGCAUACACAACCCAGCAAAUCAUGAACAGAAAAUUUUGCAGUACCUGGUGGACUAUAAAGAAAAAGAACAAAAAAAAAAUUACAAAAAAGUUCUAGUGUGUGAAAAGAAAAGAAGAAUUGAAGAAAGCAUAUAUUUAUACUUUUGUACAGAAGAAAGACUGGACAAGGACCCAAGACACUACCAUGCUCUGUUUACAUGUCAAUGAGGGAGAGGAGUCACAUGACCCCCUCUGGAUGAGGCUCUUCCCUUUGUUGCAAAAAAGGCUGUUUUUCUUGUGCAUGGUUGUCAGCAUGGACACCAGCGAUUUGGGGAGGUGGUGGGAUGGACACCUGCGAUUUGGGGAAGGGGGUGGGGUGGAGGUUUUUAACAACUCAUUUUUCCUUUCAGGUCACACUUAACUAGUCUUGGGAGCACAGAAAGUAUAUAUAGUUAUAUAUGACAAUUUCUAAACUGUUCAUUGAGUUGUGUGUUGUCUCUUGAGGUUUUACUUUUCUUUUUGUUUUAUUGCUUUGAUUUUCGGAGUCAAUUGUGAAUAGUUUGAAAUUAUUUUUUUUUUCCCCGUUUGUGUAGUAAUUUAUGUUCUAUCUUAUAUACCAAUAUUGUAUAUAAAAAAAGUCAUUAUGAGAGAUUUGAGAGUUAUGGUUUCCAUAAGUGCUAUAAUUGGGGCUACGUACUGUUUGUAGCCUGCUAAGCGAGUGAAUAGUAGAGAACAUUGGCGUGGGAGUUAGAUUUCAAAUGCAUACCAGCUUCUUUACUUAGACAGUAUAGGGGCAUCCUAUCCUCUGUGCGUAUUGCAAGUCCUUCUGGUACAUGACUAAGGUUGUUUGGCGUUUUUUUUUUUCCCGUUGCGGAAGCGAAACCAUGUUUGGUUGCCAUUUGCUGUAAACGGACGCUGCGCUCUGCACGUACGCCUUUGCGCCCGUCCUGUGCGAAACAUCUCCUCGGUCAAGUUAGGGUAAGGCGUGGGGCACCAGGCCUGCCGCGUUUGCGAAGGCGGUGUUUUUGUUUGACGUGCAGCCUCUGCGGAACCAGUCUGAAAUAUGCACCGGAAGAUUUUUUAAAUAGGCACCCGUCACAGGUGUUCUUUCGCGUCUCGGACCGGUGCUGCUCACUUUGAGCUCUUAAGGUGUUCCGGUCAUGCAGUGGAAAUCUUUUGCACCGGCUUUUUCCCCCCUCUUUUUUGUAUUUUGUCCCCCUGCUCCCCACCCCCCAAUUUCCCUACAUCCUGAUUACAGAAAGACGGUAGGACUUUUAGUAAAACUUCUCUUGAACUGUAUGGCAUAAACCUCAAUAUAGCUACCAUUUGCAUGACAUGACAUCAUGUCAUCCAGUCUUGAUGACAUAUUGCAUCUCAUGACAUAACAUAGUUAUAUAAGUAACAUGUCUUUGUGAUAAUGUAAUGUAUUCACUGGAUUUGAAGAUACACUAUAUGACCAAAAGUAUCUGGACACCCCUUGGUCUGCGGCUGUUUUUCGUGGUUUGGGCUAGGCCCCUUAGUUCUAGACAGAUCGUAAUGCUACAGCAUACAAUCACAUUCUACGCUUCCCCAACAGUUUGGGGAAGGCCCUUUCCUGUUUCAGCAUGGCAAUGCCCCCGGGUACACAGCAAGGGCGUUGUAGAAAUGGUUUUGUUGAGAACGGUGUGGAAAAACUUGACUGGCCUGCACAGAGCCUUGAACUCAACCCUAUCCAACACUUUGGGGAUCUGUUGGAAAGGCAACUUUGAGUCUAGCCUAAUCGGCCAAUCGGUGCCCGACCUCUCUAAUGCUCUUUUGGCUGAAUGGAAGCAAAUCUCUGUAGCAAUGCUCCAACAUCUAAUGUUAAGUCUUCCCAGAAGAGUUGAGGUUGUUACAGCAGCAAUGGAUGGAUCAACUCCAUAUUAAUGCACAGAAUUUUGGAUGAGAUGUUUGAUGUCAAGUGUCCACAUGCUUUUGGCCAUGCAGUGUAACUCACAAAAUGAUCACUGAGUAUUACAUGACAAUGUUAGCGCAUGUCAGAAGCUGUAAAAUGUCAUUAUGACAGGUCUCAUGUCAUGUUUAUGGCAGUGUUAUAACAUGUCAUGAGCUACGAUAUUCUUUUAUGACGUGGUUAUGUCAUGUUUAUGACUGUGUUAUGAGCUGUUAUGAUGUGUAGCUCAAAUGAACGUGUUACCAGGUUUUGGGCCCUGUCCCAGAGAAAGACUGGUCCAUACAGUGCCACUCGGUCCCAGAACAGUCAAGUUCGCUGCGUUCCUCCUAACCCCGUCCGAUGAGCUCUUCUGAAUUUACAUACACGAUUAACAUUUAAAUGCAUAGGUAUGACAUUUCCGUUUUAAAUUAUGAAAUUAUUUCAGAUGAAUAAGAAAACCCAGUAUCCCUUUUUAUAUGGUAAACCUCAGACAUGAAAUAGCAUUUUUAUAUCAAAAGUUUGCUCUGAUGAACACUAAGUCAUGAGCAAAAUGUCUAUUUUUUUUUUUUUUGGAAAUGUAAUUUUAACUGAUCCAAAUCCACUACAAUAUGCAAAGAUUUUCAUAUAAGCUGAUUCCCAUUUGCACACAAUACAACAGACUGCUAUUUCUAUUACAUUUCUUAUGACUAAUGUCAAUUAAAGAUAAUUUAUGUAGUAUUGAAACUAAAAAGAGAAUGAUGAAUUCAGUUUUAAUUGGUAAAAGAAAUGUAAUUUCCUGUUUGUAAUGAAUAUUCCAAUAGCAAAAAAAUUCGGAUUUAUGAAGCUGUGAGUUCAACUAAAAAUGAUUUCAGUUGAUCAUUUCUGCUAUGUUCAUUUUCAAACAGCAUCUGUGAUUGGUUUGAUCUUUAUAUAGUACUGAUUGACGGAAUUUUUGAUUGGUCUGAUAAUAAGCAGCAGGAGUUGAGGGUGUAAAAAAAAAUCCUGUCUGCCCUUACGGAAAUUGAAUAUACGGCAAUAUACUGAAAUUUGUUAUAUUUUCAAGAGAAUAAUAUGUUGCAAUAAUUCACAAUAUGUGGGCAAAUGUACAAAUUAUUGUCGUUCUCUGUCAUUGCAAAAUGUUUUUAAAUGAUACAUGCUCUAAAAUAUAUUUUAAAAUGUAUUUUCCAAAAACAUAAUCUAUAUACAAUGUUUUGCAGUAUUUACUAUUUCUGUAAGGGCCUGGCACCUGCUCUGAAUGCUACGUGCUCCGUUCUCUAGUGAGGUGUUUUUCUUUGCAUUUUUGACCUGUCAGAAAUGACACAGCCUGUAAAUCUUUAUUUUCUCUGAAGAAACCCAAGGUGCUGAAGACACAGGGUGGGGAAAUGAGCCGUCCUGCCAUUUUGAAUGCAACUUUUGAAUGGAGACCGGCUGUAGCAGGCAAGCAUUCAAAUGGGAUAAAAUCCUUCUCUCUCUUGUGUACCAUUGCAAAUGAUGGAAACAUAUUUCCUGACAACUGGAAGCCAGAUGACCCAUCAAGGGUCAGAAAUUCAGAUGCUGCUGCGAUUGAAUUUUUGUGAGAAAAGCUCUAGAUUUUGGCCUCCCUGAAUCAGUUAUUUGGACUACAUCCUUGCCCUUGUAAGAGUAUUGGUGCUACUUUAAGGACUUUGUAUUCUGUUUUCAGUUCAGUAGAGAAGAGGUGAUCUGUUUAAAUGGUCUUUGCCUUUCUCUGUUCAGUUUCUUUCCUGAUGAUAUUAUUGUCUCGAAUGCCUUUGGCCAUAGCUUACCCUCACAAACCCCGGAUAUCGUCACAAGUGUUGAAUCAUUCAAGAUACAAAUGAACUGAAAUUUAACCACAAUUUACUACAUCAGAAACCUGCUUUGAUUUUUCAAAUUUGCCCCAAAGUUGAAAGCGAUGUUUUUUAUUUGUAACAAAUGCUUUUUUUGCAUCACCAAGUAGCUAUUUAUUUUUGUUGCGGUAGAAAACCGUAAUUGCAAGAAAAAAGUCUGAGAAGUUACUAUGGUUUCAAUGGCCACUGUAUUUGAGUUUAAAUUAGAUUUAAGCUUGUAUAAUUGUACAAUGGCUUAAUUAUUAUUAGCAUUAAUCAAAAAGGCUUUUGAUCUAUUGUGAAUUUUGUACUGUGUGAUUGGUGCUCAGGAAUCCUUUGACCUGAGCUUUGAGACUAAUGUCUGAAGGUUGAGGGGUUUGCCAUGGGGAAGGUUGGAGGCUCUUUCUGGUUCCUCUUCUCUCUCUGACUGGAGCUCAACAUGGUGCUAACGUUUCUGCUGUAUUGCACUCUAACCUCCAGCACACACGUAGACAUGCUUCUGCUCUACAAUGAUCUGCCAACACUUUUUGCAGGUUUGGUAGGUGUAUGAAUUUGGUUGUCCUACCAUUGGCAUUUGGUAGCCCUAGUGUGGCUGCUUGGUAUGUUUGUUUGGUAGUCCUCGUGUAGGUGUUUGGUAUGUUAACACUGGUGUCUGGUAGCCCUUACUUUGGAGAUUUUUGUCAUGCCGAGAUUGAAGGUGUUACCUGGCUGCUGGGGGAUUACCUGUACAAGCAUUAGGGUAUUGUACUGGAUGUACAAGUCUGGUCCUCAGGUGCUUGCUUUGGAGCAGGGCCCGUUCUAGGCAUAGACGUGAAGGGCGUUGGGGAGAGUGCCAAAUGAAGGGGGGCGGGGGGAUCCACAUGUUGCCUCCAUGGUAGUGGCCCCCACCAGUUCGCUAUCACACCUAGAGCAGCGGAAAGGAUGCAGCAAUCUAACCCAUUGCUGCAGUGAUUUGGGAGAUUUUAAAACAUUUUUUUUUUAUCCACGUCCACCUGUUGGAAGGUGACAAGACCCUCUCCUGUGGUCAUGUUUCUCACCGUUUGAUGUUCAGUGAGUUCCUCCAACUCGGGUAGCUCAGUACGCCUCGCAUGCGACAAGGCAGAAGGUUCUGACCUUCUGACCUUCCCCAGGGAUGGACGCAAGCCCCUUACUGACAGUCAGCUUUGUCGGCUUGUUCUUUUUGAAUGGGGUGAUGUAAUGAAAAUCCAGCCCUCCAUUUAGUCCGCAGGUCACGAUGUUCAGUGGGACUGGAAACUCCAGCAUCCCUCCAGCUUCUCCGAAGGUCCUGCUACAGACACCGGGCUGCUGUGCUGCCAGUCUCCAUUCAUCUCCAUUCAUUCUUCAGUCCUUGCUGUUGCUCUCAGGAGCCGAUAGCCGAGUUUCUCUUUAGCGUUUACAGAGCCACUUUGCGGUUACUCGGCCGCUCGCCGCUUGUUAAUGGAAGGCAUCCGCACACAGACCGUCGCCUGAAUGCUCUUCAAGCGCCAUCUGGCACGGGCCUCGGCACCGACCCGCCCCCCCCCCCAAAGGGCGGACGGCAGAGAGCGCGUCAGGGAUCAUUCUGGAAAUACUCUUUCCUGACCCUGCAAAUUCCGGGAUAUUCAGCUUCGUUGCUGAACGUUUCAGUCUCUCCUCAGCUGUCAGAGUAUAAACGUUGUCGUGAUGUGCGCGCGCUUAUGUUCUGCCUCUGUUUGAGACUUUUUGAGUCUUUAGGAUAAGAAUGCAGUAUUUUGUGAUUAAUGGGGAAACGCUGCACCCCUGGCGGGUUUGGAAGGGCGGCGCGUCGCAGCCGCAGGGCGCGUGCGCGGUCGUGCUGUGGCGUCAGACAGGCGGCAGUCGGCUCGCGGGGCAUCGCGUGGCGCACGCGGCCGCGCUGUGUUGUCUAACGGGUGCUACUAAUGUGAAGUUAGGCAGUCACUCAGCGUCGCCUCGCCGACUGUUGAAGCUCCUGUUACGGACAUUUUGGAAGGGCCAAUGGCUGGACAGGAACAGCAAGAUUUUGUAUGUAGCCCCGCCCCCAAGGCAGAGGGAUGUGGAAAUCAGCUUUUCCGUUACUGACUAGGCAACACAAAGACCUCUUUAAGAGAGGAAAAGAGACGUGGUUUCUACCGAGGAGAUGUGACACCGGGUGCUAUAAAGGUGAAACUUCUGCAGCUAGUUUGAAGCUCUUGUGCUGGAGGGCAGUGUAUUCAGUGUGUUCUGUUUACUGCUGGUUACAGUGUUCUUUUAUUUACAGAGCAUCACAGCAUCUACAGCCUUUACUCUGGCAAACCACCAUGAGCCAGAAUAAAACCAUCAAUUUCACAGUUCAAAAUGAAAAGUUAUUAUUAUUAUUAUUAUUAUUAUUAUUAUUAUUUUAUUUUAUGUCAGGGCCCUGAUUCUUUGAGGAUUGCAAUUUUAAUUUUUUGUACAUUUUCAUUUUGAAGUCCAGGAUUGAAUUUUCUUUCAGUUAAAUUCUAAUUAUUGUUAUGAAAACAAGAAACUAAAUUAUAAUCCUUAAUGUUUUACAUUUCUUGUUCCCUGUGAGUAUGAUCACGUUUGGACUCUCAUUUAGGACCGUGUCUUAAAAUAACAGGGAAGUCAGCAUUCAUGUGGUUCACUAUGUUUUUGUAAGUAAGAAAUGUGCAAUAUACGCUUCUCAGAUGGUUCAGAGCUAAAACUGAAAACUCCAGUUUUUUUUUCUUUUCUUUUCUUUUUUUUGCCUGUCCCUUUUUCUCAGGUGAAAGAUUGCUUUCUCAGCCUCUGUGGGUGGUGUAGAGUCUCAGCUCACACUAAUGCACUCUUAAAAACUCAAACGGGAGUGUUUUCAUUUUCGUCCUUUCUCAUUGGAAAGGAAGGAUCCGGAUCUUGGUUCUUUUGUUCAUUUUGGAUGUUUUUGUGACGCAAUUUUUACAAUUCUGUUCAAAACACAGGCACUUAUUUCAGUGUCAUUUUUGUCUUACUUUAUUUUGUAUCAUGAUUAUUUAUUGCACGUUAUUAAAAAUGUGUUUUUUUUUUCAUUGCCAUGUAAAAGAAGUGUGGGGUUAAAGGAGUAAAGAGGACUGAGCUGGUUUUUCUGACACAUUGAGGAAGCAUUUCAGUGAAAAUUUUCAGAGUGUGUAUUUCAUGAAUAAAUGCCUUUAACGUAA